GACUGAUUUAUAAAUUACUGUUUGGCUCAUAUUAUUGCCAUGAACUGUUUUAUUUGUACUGUUUUAUAUAUUUAAAACUACAUUUUUGUAGGUUUAGAAACUACCAUCUAACCUACAUUGUGAUGUCAGGCGAAUAAAACAACAGGCUAGUAGUUUUCGCAUACAUAAGAUUACAUCUCUUUCCAGGUUUACGUAAAACAUGUGAGUUUUAUUUAAUUGCUGGCUUCAUGCUUCGAUCAUUUUAAGUAGAAACCGUAUCGAACGGAAUAAUUCAAUUACUCGCGGUGUCAAUAUCACGAUGGUACCUCAUGACUCUUUGAUUAUUCUCUCUAUAUAAAGUGAGACAACACCUUCCAAACAGUUACACCAAACAUUCCGAAAGAGUUUUUGCCACUAUGAAGGCAACGAUUGCACUAUUAAUCCUUGGAGCGUUGGUCCUGCUGGCGGCAGCGGAGAAUAAUGUCCAGCACAAGGAAAAGCGAGCAGCCAAUAACCAGGCAAGUGCAAUCGUGGAGAAAAUUGCGGAAAAGGGCAUGGUUUUUGCUGGUUCUGUCGUUGAAAAACUGAAAAAUAGUGAAGUGGCUCGAAAAUUGCUAGGAAAAGUUCUAGGCGCAAUGGGAACCCAAAGGGGAAAGCGCUCAAUUCAAACCAAUGCCACGGUCACAAACUACAAUUCGGCCCAUUACCAAAAGCUGGUACUACAUCAAACUCUUGCUACCGACCCCAGCCCAAAUAGAGUUUCAUCCUGCCCAAUCGCACAAAAUGAGCUGAACUGGAUUGAAACCAUAUUUAUUGCUGUACAACUUGCACUGGGAGAGGUUAACAAAGUUAUAAACGGCCAAAAAGUAGGGUUUACAGUACCCAAACCAACGCCAUACAAGGUUCACAACUAAAUAAAAAUGAGUGGUUAAAAAUUACUUGAAAUUUUGCGAACAAAUAAAACUUUAUGCUAUAAAACAACUCAUGAGCAAUAUCUUUGAAUUUAUUUAGGAAUGUCACAAGGAAGUUAAGCAAUCCUUGAAUUUUACAUGACCGCUGCAGAAAAAGUGUGAGUCGAUUGACAACAUUUAAAUCAAUUUUGAUAGAAUGUCUCUGGUUGCACGAUAUAUUUAAAAGAAAUUGGUGACAUUAGAGAUAAAAAGAUAUGAAAAUGUUGACAGCCUAAGAAGAGCCUGCCUUCUUCUAUUUGGCGUAACGUUCUACAGCGGGCAUGCUGGCCUGUACAGGAUUUCGAGAUUUAUUCAGUACCUGUACGCUGAUGCAUAGUCAGUCCUUGCUACGGAGGAACGGUCCUUUCUAGACUUGAGCCCUCAACGGGCAUUUUGUUGAGUUGUUCUUUUCAAUUGGACUUUACCAGAACGAUGGUACAUAAUUGUAAGACAUGAAGAACAAAAGUUAGACUGUGUAAAGGGUGUCCUGGUGCUAUCGGUGUUCCAAAAUUAGACAACGUGGUUUAAUAGAAGAUUUUGCAAUUGAGCUGUCCGAUUUUGCAAUAUUGGUUUCCUUCUUUUAUGCGUGGAUUCUAAAAGCAUUAUCGUAACAAUUAAAGAUAUACAAAUCUUCUAAUAAUUUAUAUUUUCUACAUGAUUCUAUAUGUCUUUUUUAAGCGAUACGGCAAAGCCGUUCCUUUCUGAAUAAAAAAAAAAUAUGUUUAAUUUUUAUUAAUAUCUAAUAGUUUUUGUUUUUGGAAGUUGAAUUUUUAGAAGUUGUUUUUUUUAUUUAGAGAGAACGAU